GAUAAUGCAGCGUUAAAGAAUCUGUGUCCUAACAGAAGAGAAAGGGUCGCUAACUCAGGGGUGGGGGACGUUCUUAAAGAAGGAGACUCUGGAAAAAGGCCACCUGGGUUAUAUUACCAAUCUGCCCUCUAUCAACGUUACAGUUCUGAGAGUCAUCUAGGAAACUGGAGUCCUCUUCACUGUGCAUGCGCCAUGCUACCGCUUUCUGCGCGCUCAGUGCCAUGCCAGGAAAAGUAGUACCCCUGCUACCUUCAUUCUUUCUAGCCAACUGAGUCUCAGUCGUGUGAAAUAUGAGUGAAAAAGCAAGAUCAAGAUCCAAAUCUAUAGGUAAAGAAGAUGGUCAAGAGUCUUCUCAUCCGGUUAAGCUUAUGGUUUCCCAGUUCAGUGAUGAACAACCUCAACAAGAGGAUCCACCACCUGAAAGUCAGGGUGUCGCACCUGGUCAAGAGAGUGAAGGCGAGGGAGCACCUGAGCUUCAAGGACCUGACCUGGAAGCUGAUUUCCAGGAACUGGGUGAGGCCAAAGUGCAAGGUGGAGAUGGUCCUUUUGCCAAGGGUGAAAUUCUAUCAACUCUAGAACCCCUUAAAAUGUCAGAAGCAAUCAAAGUGCAGUCAUGGGUUUAAAAGAAGACAAUCUAGAACCACGCCUGCAGUCUUGAUAGUACAACUUUGAAUACUAAAAUGAUCAGUAAAGUUUUACAGUUUUCUGAAAAAAAAAAAACAAAAAAACCCUGUAAUCUCUUAGUCCAUCCUUUCAAUAAAUUUUUCAGGUGCUCCCCACUGCCCUCAGAUUAAAGCCCAAGCAAGGCUAGCACGAUCUUGGAGGUUCCUUAACUCUAGAAAACUUUCGGCGGCGUCUCUCUGUGCGCAGUUUCCUCUCUGUUUGCAGAACUCGGUGGUGACUGUUUUCUGGGUCAGUGCAGCGUCUCUGUUCAAUGGGUGACACCGACAGCAUCUUGGACCAACUCCGAACCCGGCACUUAGAGCUUUCAAUGGUGAAAGAGCCGGGAUGAUGCGGAAGUGCGGCCUUACCAGCCAAAGGGGCUUUCCAUAUCUUUCCUGGGCCAUCCCCACGUGCGUUUCAGUCUCCCGUCGGGCCACGGGAAGACCCGAGUGGGCAUCGCCCGGGUCGCGCCAGGUGGCUGGCGGCUUGGAGCGCCUCCUCUACCUUGUCCCAACAGGAAUGCUCCAUGUUACUUCAUUUCCAAAAACCGCAGAAAAGCUUAACUGGAGACGGUCCCGCAUUGUCACAUGUUUGGAAAGACAACGGGCCGGGGCGUGUCCAUGCCUAGCAUGUGGGAACGAAAGCUAUUUCCAUAUAAAAUACUCAUGGUGACCAACAGAGGGCUCAGCAAAACACUGAGACCGGACCGAAGCAGGUUGAGGCUCCUUAACCUGCGAAGUGUUUCGGGAAAAUCUUUAGGAUGUCCGCAUAGGACUUGGCAAGUUUACCUUUUAAAAGCCCAGUCGCGAAGUAAUCAUCUCCCGCACCCACAGUAAUAAGAAAAAGGAAUGACAAUGGUGGUGACGCACAGGAUGUUGGAGGCCAAAACUUGAUCGGAGAAUGUACAAAUUGCUAUUUCUCAGUAACAUCCAAAAGCGAAAACUUCACUAAAAGAUCCACGAGCCGACCAUCGGGCCAACCUGAAGCAGCACCUGCCAAGAAGCAACCGGAUGGAAAUGCAAAUUCUCAAACUCAACAAUAGCUUUCGCGUGUGAUCUUUUUACAGGAACUUGCAUACACUCAGCUACUUUUUUCUUUGGCUUUCCUUUAACAGUUGCCCAACAAUAGUGCUGACUAAUGGUAAGAGCCAGCAAGUGCUCUUAGCUCACGGAAAUG